AUGGCAGCCACAUCAGCACCCCAAGCGUCUGUGCUGCUGCGCACAACAGCAUCGAGCAGCACGAGUCGCUUGGCAGCUUCGCUCGCCGCUGCCACUGGUUCGAGCUCCAGCCGAAUCCAACCACCGCAGAGCAGGCCUCGGUGCGUUUCGACCAGUGCGGUUGCCAGGGCAGCAGAGCGCACAGCGCCACCAGCAUCCACACAGCUAUCGCCCUUGCAGUCGCCGCGCGAGUACCUCGUCGAAGAGCUGGCCAAGAGAGACCAUGCCUCGUAUCUCGCGCAUCAAUUCUACCCCAAACACCUCCAGACCCACUUUGCCGCCAUCCGCACCUUCAACGUCGAGACCGCCGCGCUCAAGGACACCGUCUCCAACGAGCUGCUCGGACGCAUGCGUAUGGGAUGGUGGAGAGAUGCCGUCCAAGGCGCCUAUCAGAAUCGACCGGCCAAGCACCCCGUGGUGCUCGCACUGCGAGAUGCGUUCCAAGACCCGGCGGUGCGCGACAACGCUGCGGGCGGAUUGAUGCUCGAUCACUUUCUGCGAAUCAUCGAGGUGCGCGAGGCCGAUCUGGCGGACGACUUCCAGGUGCCCUCAUUGGACUCGCUCGAGGCGUAUGCCGAAAGCACCUCGUCGCGCCUGCACUACCUCUCGCUCAACCUGCUCGGCGUUCGCAGCGAUGCCGCAGACGAACUCUUCUCGCACCUCGGCAAGGUCGCCGGGCUGAGUCUGGCCAUCUCGAGCAUUCCCUUCCACUCGCAUCCUCCGCCGCACAUGCGCAACUCGAUCACCAAGGGGUCGCGCAAGCUCGUCCUGCCGCGCGAGUUUGUGCUGCAGCACAACGUCGUAGAGGAAGACGUCUUCCGCAACGGCCCCAACGCACACGGCUUCCGCGAUGCCGUGUUCGCCGUAGCCACGCGUGCAAACGACUACCUCAUCACCGCACGCAAGAUCAUCAAGGACGAAUUCGGCGGUCGCGUCCCCACCGCCGUCGUGCCUCCGCUCGUCGGUCUCGUCCCCGCCCGCUCCUACCUUGAACGUCUCGAAAAGGCCGACUUCAACCCAUACGAUGCCUCGCUUCAGUCGGGCAAGCACUGGCGUCUCCCGUGGGACAUGUGGAGGACGAGCAGGAAACGCAACAUCUGA